AUGACUCGUGUCCCGUCGAUUCUCUUCCGCCAUGCCAAGGCCAAGGCCGAGGCCGCCGGCGUGGCCUUCGGUCGCGUGGCCGCCUCCUUCCGCCCGAGCGCCCUGCCCGCGUCGCCUGUGGCGGGUGGCCAUGCGGCCGCCAGCGCCGCCCCGAAGAAGCCCUUCACUUAUACCGAGGUGCCGGCGCGCUUCCGUCGCCGUGGUCCGUCGGCCGCCGAGAUCGAGGCCGUCGAGCUUGGCGGCGCUGGCUUCUUCAUCUAA